UCGUUAACUGGGUGAGCAAACUGAAAAUUUGUUUUUCCAUCAUUUACUUGUAAAUAACAUGAAUUUGUUGCUCCUUUCUGGCAUUUGAGAGUGUUGUUGAAUGAUUUGUGAAGUUUUCCUAUCGAUAAUUGUGAAGUUACCAUCUGAAGUCAAGGAUUUGAGUAUGGAGGGCAUGUAUGUUUAACAGAAUUUUUUUUCAUAGAGGUUAUGCUACAUUUAUAUAAUAUUUGGCGAUGCUUGUGCUGGUGCAAUGUGUAAUGUUCAACGAUACAGUUUUGGUGGCUUGUUGAAUCGUGAUUAUGUUGGUGUUGGUUGAUAUGUUGUGAUAGUGUAGUAUGCUGAGUUGCUAAAUGCAUUUUUUAUGAUUUCAAUGUUGUUGUGUAUAUGGCUGCACAAACUGGAAACUUGUUUAGUGAGGCAUCCCUUCUUUGUGUUGCAGUAGUUACUGGGCUCUGUGUAGUGUGUGUUCGUCAAAAUGCAAUCACAAUGUCGUUUAAGAGCAUACGUGUAUUCCAUGGUUGAAGAAAUACUGCUUAAUCUUAUGUCGCAACUGGCCGUAGUUGUCCAUCAUGUAGCCACAGUUAGGUCCCGCAAGAGGAAACGUAGUUCAACGGUUGAACCAUUUGCUUUGAUACAGCGUAUGCCUGAUCAAAUUAAGCACUUAGAUAGGAUGGUAAAUUUUAGUGAUGUUGACUGCAUAGUUAAUUUAAGAAUGGAUCGCAACACAUUCGGUCGGUUGUGCCAAUUAUUACGGCAACUGGCAGGCAUGAGGAAUGGCAGGUUCGUUACCGUAGAGGAACAAGUAGCCAUGUUCCUGUCGGUCCUAGCCCAUCAUAAAAAAAACCGCGUGGUUAGGUUCAAUUUUUGGCGUUCCGGGCAGACAGUAUCACACUACGUACACGUUGUCUUGAAAGCUAUCUUGUCUUUACACGUGCUACUUCUCGUUAAACCAAAGCCGGUCGAUGAAGAGUGCAUAGAUUCUAGAUGGGGAUGGUUUAAGGGCUGCUUAGGGGCACUGGAUGGCACCUACAUCGAUGUUAUGGUGCGAAACAAGGAUAAACCGCGAUAUAGAACCCGGAAGGGACAGAUUGCAACUAACACAUUGGCGGUGUGCGAUCGACACCUACAGUUUGUGUACGUUCUCCCUGGAUGGGAAGGUUCCGCCGCGGAUUCUAGAGUCUUGCGCGAUGCACUCACGAGGGUUCAUGGGUUCAGAGUACCUAAAGGCAAUUACUACCUGUGCGAUAACGGCUACGCAAAUUGUGAAGGCUUUUUGGCACCGUACAAAAGCGUUAGAUAUCAUCUCAAAGAAUGGGGCCCUCUUGCUGCUAGACCACAAAACGCCCGAGAACUUUUCAAUUUGCGCCAUGCAAAGGCGCGUAACGCAAUUGAACGUGCCUUUGGUAUCAUGAAAAUGAGAUGGGGCAUUCUCCGAAGCACCUCCUACUACCCUGUCAAGGUUCAAAAUCGAUUGAUCAUGGCAUGUUUUGUCAUCAACAAUUUCAUAAGGACUAACAUGCCUGUAGAUCCAAUAGAGCAGCAGUUUGACAAUCAAUAUGUGGAAACUGCGGAUACUGAAUCUGAUAAUGAGGAAUACAUCGAUGGCGUUGAGCCUUCACCGGAGUGGAACGCGGCAAGGGACAAUUUAGCACAGAUAAUGUGGCAGCAAUAUCUAGUAUCAACUUAAGUUUGGUUGUGCAUGUGGCUGAUAAAGACUUACUACUUCUUUGAUUAUUUCAUUUUGUAAUAUCUAGUAUCAUUUUGUGUGGCAGCAAAAUUUCUCAUUUUGUGUUUCCUAGCACAGAUAAUGUGGCAGCAAUAUCUAGUAAAAAAACGUGUUUCCUACUUAUGUAAUGCUAGUUUUGAAAACUAUAGGUUGUAGUUUAUUGUGAUCAUGAGACUUCUUUUUUAUGAUUGAACUAGCGUUGAUU